AAAACGCACCAGGCCUCCUCCAUUUCCCAACAGUUUAACAUCCAAGUGCCAACAACUAUCAUUCAAAAGGAAAGAGAUAUGAAAUUGUUAAUUUUUUCUUUUGCGAUAAUAGUCGCAGUGUCGGCGCAGUACGAUAGUCCUGUACCGCCGCGACCUGUGGUUCCUGGAGCUGUACCAGCAGGAAGGACUACCACUUACAGGAGGCGGCAGCAAUUCCAGCAACAGGAUGACCUUCCACUUGUACCCCAGAGACGUUUGUCAGGACGUGGCGGGCAAAGGCGCCUUCCUCCUCCCCUCCUAGAUCAGUCUUUGCAGAGGCCGAGGCCCACCCUUUACCAAGAGCCCCUUCCGGUCAGGCCGCCGCCUCCACCUGUCCAGAUUGCCCCGAGACCCGUGAUGGAAGAAGAAGUUGAAGAAGAAAACUUGCCUCUUUCACCCCCAGUCUUGCCCACGAUCCAGGCACAGCCUACCGCCCUCCCUCCUCAGCCGUCUACUCCCGCUUUCAGGCCCGUACCGGAAGAUUUCCCCCAGCCCAAUAGACAGCAGUACCACAGACCGGCACCCCAGCCCGUCGAAGAAGAACAGGUUCAGCAGUACGUGAGACAGCCCAGGCCGCAACAGGAGAGCAGGAAUCAGCAAGAAAGGCACAGGCCAGUCCAACACAACCAACAAUUCAACAGGCAACAGCAAGUCUCAAGACCCGUACAGAAACAGGCCGUCCACUCAAAAGACGAACCCACAAGACAGAAAAAGCCAACCGCUCAGAUUUUGAGGAAGUACAGAGAGGAGAAUGAGGACGGCAGCAUCACCUGGGGUUUCGAAAACGACGACGGCACAUUCAAAGAGGAGACUAUCGGAGUCGACUGUGUCACUUCGGGAAAAUACGGCUAUAUCGAUCCGGACGGUGUGAGGCGCGAGUACUCUUACAGCAGUGGCAUCCCAUGCGAAAAGAGGGAUUCUGAAACCGAAGCGAGCAACAACGAGGGCUACAUCGACUACACAAACAACAUGUACGUCUUUCCCAACGGUGACAAGAUCAACCUUGACAACAUGGUCAGAAACAGAGCACGAAAGCCUGUUUACAGGAACUAGUUUUAAUUUUUAAUUCAUUCCCCUUCUUUCUCCUACUUUUGUACAAUAUUUUAAUUUAUUUUCUAGAAUGAUGUAGCAACAUCAACAUGCCAUACGCAUUUUUUGUAAUAAGCCCAAUAGAAUGCGAAUGUUCUUAUAUAUUUUUUGUUUGUGUUAAUAAAACAUAUUUUAUAAUAAG